AUCUAACUACAAAGUACUAAAGUAAAGAGGGGUCCAACACUUUACUAAUCUCUUUUGUUUUUCCUGUACAAAUAUUGUGAGAUAAAGCUACAUUCUUUGAAGAACAAAAAUUAGAUUUUUUUUCUGAGAUCUGAACAAGGUCCAUAUUUUUCUACAGGGAAAAUUGAGGAAUGAAUUGAAAAAUGGGGAAGAAAGGAAGCUGGUUUUCUUCCAUAAAGAAGGCUCUGAGCCCAGAUUCUAAGAAAGCAAGUAAAUCAAAGAAGAAAUGGUCUGGGAAAGAAAAGGAUGCAGUUGCAGAUUCUUUGCCCCCGGUUGCUUCCUCAGCAUCUCCUCCUCGUCCUGUUCCUUAUGUGGAAGAGAUCGCACUGGCUGAAGUGGAAGAGGAGCAGACGAAACAUGCAUAUUCCGCAGCUUCCACUUCUGCAGCUGCUGAAACUUCUGCUGCAGCCACCGAGGCUGCUGUAGAGGUCGUUCCGUUAACUAAAGUGACUCGGUUUGCAGGCAAAUCUAAGGAGGAAGUAGCCACAAUCAAGAUUCAGACUGCAUUUCGAGGAUAUCUGGCUAGGAGGGCACUGAGGGCUUUAAGAGGGCUUGUGAGACUCAAAUCACUUGCUGAUGGACCUACAGGGAAACGGCAAACUGCACAUGCUCUAAAAUGCAUGCAAACACUAUCUCGUGUGCAGUCUCAGAUUAGUUCUAGAAGGAUCAGAAUGUUGGAAGAGAAUCGAGCUCUCCAGAGGCAGCUUAUGCAGAAACAUGCAAAAGAACUUGAGAGUUUGCAGAGAGGGGAAGAAUGGGAUGACAGUGUGCAAUCAAAAGAGCAGAUCGAAGCAAGCUUACUCAGCAAAUAUGAAGCUGCAGUUAGACGAGAAAGAGCACUAGCUUAUUCAUAUUCACAUCAGAAAACCUGGAAGAAGUCACCAAGAUCUGCCAACUUGUUGUUUAUGGAUCCAAUGAAUCCUCAGUGGGGUUGGAGCUGGUUAGAUCGCUGGAUGGGCGCUAAACCGGAAACACAAAAUGAUCAAAUGUCCGUUCGAAGUGCCAGUAUUGCUGGAGGGGAAAUUACCAAGGCAUUUGCCCGGCAUCAGCUGAAUUCUGACCUCCCUUCUCCAAAGCCAAGUCACCAAUCUCCUACAACCCCUUUCAAGCCAGCCAAUUCAGUAGCAUCCAGAAAACCAAAAUCGGCAAGAGUAGCUGCAAUAAGCCAAGAUGACGAUGCGCGAAGCAUGUUCAGUGUUCAAUCAGAACGUAACAGGAGGCAUAGCAUUGGGGUAUCAUCUGUUAGAGAUGACGAGAGUUUGGCAAGCUCCUCGUCUGUACCAAGUUACAUGGUACCUACUAAGUCAGCUAAAGCAAAAACACGAUUGCAAAACCCUUUAGGCGUGGAGAACGGUACCCCAGAAAAGGGACCAGCAGGAUCCGUCAAGAAGCGGCUCUCUUACCCGCCUUCACCUGCCAGACCAAGGCGGCAUUCAGGCCCACCGAAGUUGAAGAAUACCUCCAUGAAUACCUCUAUGAAUACAUCCAUUGCCGAGGACAACGUGAAAGAGGUCAUCAACUAGUUAUUCCUUCCACAAGUUAGAAGCUAUCCUGCUGCCCUACCACAUGAACUAAAUCCAGAUAAGAAAUAAAGAUUAGACAAGGCAUUAUUGAUUUGUGGAAUUCACCUUUCUUCUAUAUAUUUCCUUCUCCUAGAGUUGUUGAGCACGUGUUGUUGUGAUAGUUGUGAAUCAUUUUACAGAAAAACAUUCUCCUUGAUUGUGAUUACAUAUGAUUGUAUCCUUAUUAUGUAUUCCACAUAGUGAAAAAGAUUACAAAUUUACAAUAUUUAUUUAUUCAAUUAAAGGUA